UCCCCGGCCGAACCAGUCCCGAAGCCGCUCGGUCCCACGUUCAGUGCAGUGGUCCUUCAUCCUGCUCCUCCUCAUGGCGGGCUCCUCGGUCCUCCUCCUCCUCCUCCUCCUGCUGGCCGUCACGCUGCAGCUCGUCCCGGCUCAGAGGAUCCGAGAGCGCCGUCAGAGCCUGAAGGUCCGGAUCAACGCCACCGACGACACCAUCGUCAUGACGUUUGUGCGUCCAAGUGCCGACGUGAAGCUGGAGGGCUACAUCCUGGGAUACGGCGGCGGCGUCUUCUCCAAACAGUUCAUCCCGCUUCCCGAGGACGGCGAGCCGUACCAAGCCGAGAUGGACGCUGAACCGAAGUACCUGAUCGCUGUUCAGCCGAUUCCAACCAAUGACGUUAAGAAGCACUGUACAGGUAAGGUCAACCUGGAAAAACCCCUGCACCUGGUGAUUGGUUCCGUGAGUCCAACGGCGGUCUUGUUGUCGUGGGGAAACAUGGCAAAGACGCCGUACGAAGGGAACAUCCUGGACGAAUGUCUUGAGGACGGGUUCUACACCAUCCGCUACAGGGAGAGGAACAGGAAGUGGAUCUACCAAACGUGUCCGACCAGCGACACUGUGGUUGACAACCUGAAGCCCAACACACCGUACGAGUUCGGCGUUCGCUCCAACAAGGACGAGAACAGCGGCACGUGGAGCAAACCAGUCGUCCACAACACCAACAUGGGCAAUAAAAACCCGCAGAAGACUUUUAAGCUGCGUAACCCACUCAUGAAUCCACUGAAGCCUCAUGGUCUUUUCCCUCCACGUCCCGCUCUGCACAAUGCCACCAGGGGGCGAUUUUCCACCAUACUGAAAAAUGGCGGCUUCCCUGGAGCUCCUCGCACCUUUGCGCCUCCUCUCGGCCAGCAGGAAACCGUCCCUCAGCCCACCCGCCCGUUGCUCGACACUGAGAACUUGGUUAGAAGUGCCCCACACCUUCCAGAGGACCCUCCAAUCGCCCCAUGGUUCCAAGCCACCCAGGCCCCUCAGACCAGUACCACUGUUGCCUCCCGCAUUACUGUCUCACCCACCAGCGGCCAUUCUUCUCACGGGCGGACCACUGAAGCAUCCAUUAAGGCACCAAACAAGCCACCACACUCCGCUGCUGUCAGCCAAUCAAAGGACAGAUCAGCAUUGUUGAGAUCUCUGGCCAAUGAGAGGGCUCAGACUAACAGCUGGGGUCUCAACAGCAGAUCUCUGAGCCCCAACAGCCCUGCAUUGCCCCAACAGACCGGAUCCGCGAGGCCCCUCUUUCCCCUCUAUAGACCCAACAGCUGGUCCCCGACCUCAGGGGUCCUUGGGGUGAACGGACAGCCGCAUGGCGGCAGCUCUGCGGUCAAACCGGCCUUAUGGUCCCGACCUAGACUUGGGUCUCCUGCUCGUCCGUCCAUUCAGAUCAACAAGAAACCGAACCUGGUGGGCAAACCCGGAGAAACCGACAAAGUCAACAGCCUCAAACAGAGUGUCGACUUACCCCUCCUCAAGACUAAAGUCCCAACCUCCCCCACCGCCAAACCCACCAAACCGGAGCGCAGACAGACCACCACCACCACCGCCGCGCCCACGCCCACCGCAACUCGACAGGAAACCUGGGAGGAGUCCGACCUGUUCAAAGCGCAGCCCACCUCCGACCUUGACGCUCUGGGCAAGAAGCGCUACGUCGCGCCCCAUGUGGUCUACAAAACCGGGAAGAAGCCAGACGAGCCGUGCUCCAUCACCUCCUCCCUGAACUUCUUCCCUGAGAGCGAGCCCGGAGAGACGAAUGUGACGGCGCCGCCCAGGAGUCCACCUUCCAACCUCACCGUGGUGACGGUGGAGGGAUGUCCCUCCUUCGUCAUCCUGGACUGGGAGAAAACGGACAACGACACCACUGAGUAUGAAGUCAUCUCCACGGCUAAAGGGCCAGACGGCGAGCAGGUUUCCAUCCUGACCACCAACCAGACGCACACGGCGGUGGAGAACCUGAAACCGGAAAGCAGCUACGAGUUCAAAGUGAAGCCCAAGAAUGAGCUGGGCACCGGUCCCCCCAGUGAACCUGUGUCCUUCAACACCGAGUCGGCUGAUCCUCGGGUGAGCGAGAACGUCUCUGGAAAAGAUGCCAUCUGGACUCAGUUCCCCUUCAAGACCGACUCGUAUUCUGACUGCCAUGGGAAGCAGUACGUGAAGAGGACCUGGUACCGCAAGUUUGUUGGUGUCCAGCUCUGCAACUCUCUGCGUUACAAGAUCUACCUGAGCGACUCUCUCAAUGGUAAAUUCUACAACAUUGGGGAUCAGACGGGUUUCGGUGAGGACCACUGUCAGUUCGUAGACUCGUUCCUGGAUGGACGAACGGGUCGUCAGCUCCAAGCGGACCAGCUGCCCUCCAGAGCAGGUUUUUAUCGGGCCGUCCGUCAGGAGCCGGUUCACUUCGGACAGAUCGGCGGUCGCUCUCACAUCAGCUACGUUUCCUGGUACGAGUGCGGGACGCCCAUCCCAGGGAAAUGGUAGAGAGCGACAACUUCCUGUGGAAGCGAGCUGGGGACGAGCGGCAUGGCCAACAUGGCCGCUGUGGCACCGUGCGGACUGAGAGAGGCUGGACAUUGUUUCAUGGAGGGAAGCUGGCUCCCCGAUUGUCUUCGUCGUCACGCCGCACGAUAUUUAUCAGGAAGAACGCCACAGUCUCUUCACGGCAGGCAGCGGCACAGACACCUAAAACACUCAUUUUCUCUGAGGAACAUUCUGGCAUGGCCACAAUGGACGCCGCCGCUCCAUCCAUAAGGCGCACGCCGUCUGCCAGCAUAUAGCUACACGUUCGCCGGAGGCUUCCUGCAGUUUGCACAGCAGAAAUGUUUUUAUAUGUAUAUGAAGACAGUGUAUUUUAGUCACAACAUUUCUGCCACUGCUUUUGUCUCCUUAAUAUGACAGAAACGUACGACUGGAGUUUGUAUAAAAUUUCGGUGCGGACCGACAUGGCGGCAAACGUUCUGAUUCUCACAGCUGGCUGAGUCGAGGUGAUUUAAACACAUGCUGUAAUAUUUCGUUAUUUUCCAGAAAACAUUGUGCAGCUCCAAGACUUUCACCUCCUUCCUGUACAGUGUGGCGGAGUGACGUACUGUGCCUUUAACUCUUAGUAUUGUUGUUAUUGUUAACGAGCAGGGAUCAUUUGAACACAAAGAAGUGCUUUGUAAAAAAUCAGUCUGAAUGUAUUUCUGUUUUGAAUAUGAACAUGUUUUUUUUUUUAAUAAAAUUUGAAUAAUUCAAGUCACA